UUCAAACCCCGUCAACCAAAACGACUUCUCAUAACUUGGUCACCUGCUCCUUGUCUUCUAACUAUUUGUUUGAAAGGAUUCUCUCUCUCUCUCUCUGUCUCUCUUAAUUUCUGGGUGUAUUUGUAUGUGGAACUAAUUAAGAGAUCAAACCUACUGUGAGAGAAGAUCAUGACUCAUCAAUGGCCACAGAACCAGAACCAGAUACAGCAGAUAAAUGAUCAGAAAAGUAUGAUAGAUUCAUCAUCAGCUGCAUCAGUACCAAAUAACAAUAAAGUUAUGGAAAAAACAGAUCCUCCACCACCACCUCCGCCGCAGCAGCAGCAACUGCCGCCGCCGCCGCAUCUAAAGUGCCCGCGCUGCGAUUCGGCGAACACCAAAUUCUGCUACUACAACAACUACAGCUUGUCUCAGCCGAGACACUUCUGCAAAGCUUGCAAGCGUUACUGGACUAGAGGUGGGACACUCAGAAACGUCCCCGUCGGCGGUGGUUGCCGGAAGAACAAGAAGCUCCGUCGCCCGUCGUCCAGCGCCGGCGGUGGUAGUGGUGGAGGAAUAACCACCUCCGCCGCUAAACAUAGUAGUGCUCAACAUCAUCAACAGAUAGAUCUGUCGUCGUCGUCGUCCCGGCCACAUGCUUCGAACUAUAUGAUGAGUAACAACAACAGUAAUACGUCGUCGUUUUAUCCAAUUGAGCUGAACUUUCCAUUUUCAAGCUACAGUACUAAUUCAGCGGCUAGGGUUUCUUCAGACAACAAUAAUAAUACAGGUGCUGGAUUAAUAUUCGAUCUUCCACAAACUCAUGAGAGCAGCCUUGGAAUAUUAGGGUUUUCAUCUGGUCUGAACAUGGCGGCAGCAGCAAUUGACGAAGACUACAAAAAUGGCGGGUUCAGCAGGCAAUUAAUCCAAUCAUCGUCUGGUAAUAACAACUACAAUUCAGUAUUGUUCGGAUCUUCAAGCUCAACAAUGGCUUCCCUGCUAGCUUCAACCCUUGAACACCAGAAAUUCGGUAUCACUGAUUCAUCUCCUCAUCCUAUUAAUAAUUAUGAUAAUGAGGAUAAUACCCACCUUUCAAUAAACAGGUGGAAUCCAAAUAUUAAUAACGAACAAAUGAUGAUUAAUAACAAUUCUUCUGAUCCGGCAGCUUCUUCUUCUUCAUCACUUGUAUGGAACACAAGUAGUAGUAAUAAUAACAACGUUGGUUCUUGGUUUGACCCUUCGAACAUGGCUCCUUCUUCUUCAGUCCCUUCUCUCAUUUAAUUUUCUUUUCUUCAUCUCCUGCAUCUCCCUCUCUCAUUAACUUUGGUCCUUUGGUAGAGGGGUUUUUAGUUCAGUUUUUUUGUUUUCCAAUUUCUCUCUC